AUGGACGGUCAGAUCGUCGCCAGCUGCUUCGGCAAUACCAAUGGAUCUACCGCUGCUGGCUCUCCCGUUGCUGCUGACUCUACCGCUGCAGACUCUGUCGCUGCUGGGUGGAAUGAUGACGCGGGAGGCUUCACGGUGGUGGAUUUCCCCUGGAAUUGCGGAGUGCUGCCGCAGACCGCCGCUGCCUCGUCAGCGGCGUCGCUCUCAGAUGCUGACGUGUUGCUGCCUGUGGAAGCGGUAGACAUUGCGCCGUCUCUGCACUCAGCUGGAGAUAUUUAUGAGUCAUUGCCAUACCCAAUCCGUAUUCCCCAAUAUCCCUCCACGUCCCUAUCCUCCCUUCCCACCUGCUGCCUUACCCCGCUGCACUGCCUUGCCUCUGCCUUCUGCCCCACCUGGUUCUCCCCCCUCAUCCCCACACGCCCCCCCUCACAUCCCCCCUCCUACCAGGUGCGUGCACAUGCAGUCGUGGCCAUUCCCAAUCCCCUCACACUAUCCGUAGCAUACCGCCUAGUUGUGUCUGACGUCAGCGCUGAGUCAGCACCGUCUGAGCUGGACGGGAGCGCGCUCAUGUCUGUGCUUCAACGUAUCUGUGCUUGGCUGGAAACAGCUGACACGUGGCUGCUCUCAGGCCAUCCUGACGUGGCAAUGCAGGCCACCGUGGACCCUGAUGAGGUGGCAAAGGUGCUGGAUGAGACCCACGUGGCAUGGGCUGAGCUGUACGUGCUUUCUCAGCCGUUCUCUCCCAGUGAACUCCCCCUCUCAUCCAUACCCGAGUACGCAGCACACACCGAACCUAGUGCAGCAGCAGAAGCACCCACAAUUACCCCCACACUCACUCCCACUCUCAAACCCACAUCAACACCCACACUCAAUCCCACACCCACACUCACUCCCAAUCCCACACUCACUCCCACACCCACACUCGCACCCAAUCCCAUGCUCUCACCCGCUCCUAGCUCCUCACCGCCUGAUACCUCCGCACGUCCUUACACACUUCCACUAACAGACACGGCCCCUGUUCCCAGACCAGGCUCUGCACCCUCCUGCACUCGUGCUGCUGCCGACUCACCUGUCGCAACACAUGCAGCGGCGACAGGAGCAGGAGCAGAAGCAGGGGCAGUGGGGGUAGCAGCAGACAGGCCAGGUGAUGAGGCAGCCUCAUCGGGGAACCCUCCAGCCCUCACAAGACGCAGCUCCACAGGCGGCCACUCUGCCUCCAGGGUCGCUCCCUCUGCUAGCCCUCACCCGUCCGCCUCUCACCCGUCCGCCCCUCUCCCUUCCGCCUCCUCCUCUUCCACUCGGUCACAUAUCAGUGCCGCGCACAGUGGGGGCACACUCACUGGGGGCGCGCACAGUGGGGGCACACUCACUGGGGGCGGACAGGUAGGCGCACACAGCAAUGGCGCAUACAACAGUGGUGCACAGGCAGGCGAGAGGUGGCGAAUGGCAGCAGCAGGGGCACGAUCCAUGGCUGUUGGUGGCGGGAGGAGAGGAGGGGGCAGAGGGGGGACGGGGAGCGGAAUGGCUGCUCGAAAAGGGGGAGGAAGAAGGGUAGGGACUUCUGUAGAAGCAGGAGCGGGGGGUUGGGUGGAAGGGAGUGGUGGUUGUGCUGGAGGGGUGAACGGCGGGAGUGGCGGGAGAGGAGGGAGAGGGGCGAGAGGAGGGAGAGGAGAGGGCGCGUUUGUGCUGAAGGGAAACAUUUUGCCGCAGCAUGCAGUCAACGGCCCUUCUGCUGCUCAUGCUGUUGGUGCUGGUGCUGCUGCUGGUGUUGGUGCUGGUGCUGUUGUUGCUACUGCUCUCGCACGGGAAGGGCGCGCAGGGGAGGGGCGAGAAGGGGGGGGAGGGGUAGGGGACAUACAAGCAGGCAGGAGGGUUGACGGGGAAGCAGGGCUCGGCCCGCUGCAAUUCGCACCUGCGGUGACAUGGGAAGCAGGGUUUGCUAGGUCUAGAUCCGCACUGGGAGUGACCGGAGCACCUCAGGCAGAGGGAACACUGCCGGGGCAUGAAAGAGAGGGGAUGGGAGCGGCAUCACAUGACGGGGCGAUGGGGACGGCGGGGAGGGGGAGAGCAGUUAUCGGGGGUGGGAGAACGGGGAGUGGUCGCAAGCAGAGCCUCUCUAUUGGGUCCGCCAGUGACCUCCUGCCUCACUGCUCGCCCCAUGCUCCUCGUUCCUCAAGCCUUGCACAAGAUCACACCCCAGACAGUCACUUCCAGUACACUCACACCCCAAACAGUCACUUCCAGCUGGCGCAUGGGCACUGCAGUAGCCUGCUGCCUGUGAUCGACGAAGAGUCGGCUUUAAAGGAGGAGCUCCGGAAAGCGACGCGGUUCGAGAAGCGAUUAGAGGCUCGAGUUGGUGUACCGCAAGAGCUGGAGAUUUUUACGGGCGACGAGCUGCACUAUGUGGAGACGUCCGACGGAUGGCGACUCGCGCUCUGGCGUUAUCUCCCUUCUGAAUCCGUUCCUCGGAAAGCUCAUCCAGUCCUUCUCCUUUCCGGUAUUGCCACCAAUGCUCUUGGAUACGAUUUAUCACAAGAGGUGUCUCUGGCUAGACAUCUGGCAGAUCAAGGGUUCGAUACCUGGGUGCUCGAGCUACGUGGAGCAGGCUUAAGCCAGUCUCCCUUCUCUGUAGCAGGGGCGCACGGUUUGUCAUCUGCCAAGAGUUCUGCUAUUGGUCCUAUAGAAGGACCCCCUAUUACAUUCGUUAAUGGUUCUGUAAAUGGCACGAUGAACGCUGCCAUUGAUACUGGAGACUCAGUUAAUGGGUUUCCAGUUAACGGAGCUUCUACUAUCGAGCACGUGAACGGAGCUAGUCCGAAUGGCUCGGCUGUUAGUAGUAGCAGCAGCAGAACAGAUGGUACGACAAACGGCUCUGUGUUCACUCCGUUGUUUUCAAGUGAUGACGAAGAUUCAACAGCAGCUGCCGCUGCAGCAACAUCAACAGCGACAGCAACGGCAACACCAGCAGAAGUUCCAGAAAGGCCUGCGGUGACGAGUUCCGAUGUGGCAGAAGGUUUCAGCGUUUCGAGCAGCUUAUCUCGAACCAUGCAGCAGCUGCGAAAUUAUUUCGACCAAUUCACCCGUUCAGAACCAGCCAUGGACCCCCAGGCACUUAGGCCCAAGCUAAAAUUGGCGGAGGUUAGAUUGAGAGAAGCUCUGGACCAAGCGGAGCUGCAGCAGCCAGUGGCGCUGCUUGACUUGCAGCACAUGCUCGUGCAGCUGCAGACCUGCAGUGACGUGGAGCUGACGUCAUCUGGCGUGACACAGCUUAGGCAAGCCCUGGAUUCGUUCUUCCGCGAUGCUGAACAAUCACCUGAAGUUUCACCUGAGGCUUUUGCAGCGAUGAAAGAUCUGGCUGGUAUGGUAGGCCCACUGAAAUCCGACACCACUCUCCCCACUGCCGCUGCUUCGUUCCUACAACAGACCACCCGCCUGCUCAGCAGCAGCAUCGCCUCUUCCAACAUUGAGAAACGGCUAGCUGAGCUUCAGAAACGGCUGGGGGAGAUUGUGGAGUCUAGACAGGGCGUGGCGACGCCGGGAGUGGCUGAGCUUUAUGAGCAGCUGAUUGGCGUGAUUCUGCAGACGCAGGACGUGGCGAGCCUUGCCAAGGAGUAUAACUGGGAUUUUGACACGUAUUUGUAUGAUGACCUGCCGGCUGCCAUUCAGUAUGUGCGGAAAUGGUCCCGGCCGCACGAUGGGAAGAUCCUGGCCGUCGGUCACUCCAUGGGGGGAAUUCUGCUGUACUCGCGAAUGGCUGCUCUGGGUCCGGAUGCGGGUCUGUUGGGGGUGGUGACGGUGGCAUCGUCACUUGAAUACUGGAUGGCCAACUCCAGCUUGAAGCUUCUACGCCCACUCUCUGGCCCUGCGCGGGCGCUCAAUUUCCCAGUCAUCCCCGUGGCAGUGCUGGCACGAGCAGCCCUGCCCCUCAUGACCCAGCCGCCCUUCACGCUGGCGUGGGUGGCGCAGCAGCUGUCAGCCCGUGAUGCCAUGGACCCUCAGCUCUUCCAAAAGCUCAUGCAGCACAACUUCUGCACCAUCCCCGUGAAGCUCCUCUUGCAAAUGGAGUCCAUUUUCACGCCUGGUGGGCUGCGCAGUCGCAGCGGGUCCAUUUCGUACCUCAAGGGGCUGCGGGACUGCCACACGCCCGUGCUCGCCCUCGCUGGUGAUGCUGACGGUGUCUGCCCGCCGCUGCUUGUCACAGAAACCCUCAAGGCCAUUCCAUCUUCCAGCGUUGAAUACCGGCUGUUUGGAGGGUCAGACAACCGCCGCUACGGACACUACGACAUGCUCGUGGGCAAACAUGCACCCGAGGAAGUGUACCCUGUCAUUACAGAUUUUCUGUCGAAGACCGAUGGCGCUAAUGCGGAGCCGAUCAGGGCUGCAGACGAGUUUCCUUCCACCAUGUCUCCCUUGACAGUCCAACAAGAUGCUGGCAUGCAUGCAAUCUAA